AAAGUCCAUCUGUCAAUAUUUCAUUGGAUAUUAAAUAAUUAUAAAUUGCCAAAUCGCCCAAAUUGAUUUCUCUAACCGGUCGCUCUGAUGGGAUCUCCGAUUUCUAGAGUCUGAUCGAAUCCAAAAUCUGAGACGGUUCCGUGGUUCUUCGCCUUGAUUCUUGUUUCUUCGACGACGGUGGUGCUUCGCCGCGAGUCUUGCUUCUUCUUAGACGAUUCUGUGUCGUGUAGAGACUCCAGUCGAUUCUUACUUUUCCAAAGAAGUUUCAUUUUGAAGAUUGAAGAUAGCAGCAAUGGACGCUGAGAUUCAACAGUUUGUGAGGGUUAAUUGUCGGCUAUCGGUUCCACGACUGAACCAUCUGAUCAAUCUUAUCAAUGAAUGGUCGAGGGCAAGUCUUCAUUACGAUAAUGAAGUGAUUGAGAAUCGUGUAUAUUACUGGGUUCCGGGUUCUGUUGGAGUUGAAGUGGCUGGUGGUGACGGUGGUGGCUUUGGUGGAAAUAAUCAACACGGCCUUGGUGGGAAUGAUCAUCAAGCUGUCCAAGGUGAAGCUGUUGAAGUUUCGGGUAGUAAAGAAGGUGGAGCUGUUGAAGUUUCAGGUAGUAAAGAAGGUGAAGCUGCUGUAGCUGUUGAUGAAGAUCAUGAAGCUGGACAUGACCAUCAGAGCAAGAGAAAGCGAAUGAGGGAACAUCACAAGGAGAAGAAGAAGAAGAAGAAGAAAGUCUGAUUACUGAUGUCAGUACAUGAUAAGAGGAAGUAGUAUUGUAGUUGGGAGUAGAAGAAUGAAAAAUCCAUUGAAUUCAUUUUACGGUUUGUAAAAAAAGUCGAGAGGCAGGAAAAUAUGUUCUUGCUUUUUCAUGAUUCCAUAUUCGAAUUUCGACGACAGAGUAAACAACAUAUAGUUGAUCUUGAUCUUGCUUUUAGGGUCUGAACAUUUUUUACAUUACAAUAAUAAUAAUGGCAUCUAGGUC